AUGAUCCUUCUCAUUGCAGAGAAGCCCUCAAUCGCAGAGAUGAUCUCGCGGAACUAUGGCGAGGGAGCAAAGAAGCUGGAUAACGUGUCGUUCCCAACGUACACCUUUGUGCAAUCAUUUGAAGGCUCUAAGGAGACCUUCAUGUGUACUUCUGUGGCAGGCCACGUUUUUGAGAUAGACUUUGAUGCAGAGCUUAAUGGGUCUUCUGUGCCUCAGGAAAGGCUUUUUGAGCGGGGCCAUGUUCAUUAUUCUUUCACUGACUCGGGGUCGACUGUUGCAAAGCACUUAAAGAGCAUUGGGGGGAAAGCCAUGCAGCUAAUCCUUUGUUUGGACAACGAUCGUGAGGGAGAAAAUAUUUGCUUUGAGGUUUUGAAGGUCCUCAAACCCACUUUACGAUCAGAUUGUCGGGUCAGACGCGCGCGCUUCUCUGCAGUCACAAAGGCGGAGAUACAGAACGCAUUUCGUAAUCUAGAUAAGCCAGACCAGAAUCUCUCGGAUGCAGUCGAAGCCCGUCAGGAACUCGAUCUUAAAAUAGGGGUGGCAUUCACUCGGUUUCAGACUGCACACCUACAUGCACAGUUUGCAGAUCUUCAAUCAUCUGUUAUAUCGUAUGGACCGUGCCAGACUCCCACGCUGAGUUUCUGUGUUUCUCGCCACGACGAAAUCCAGCGGUUCCGGCCGAAGCAGAUCUUCAGUUUGGAUGUUUGUGCUUUGAUUGGGGACCAACCCCAUUCUCUCAGAUGGCAGGGGGUUCCGUCCGAGAGUCGGGAGGUCAUUGAGGAAAAGCGAACUGGCCUCUUUGGGAAGAGUGCAACGAAGUGCUUGAAAGUCUUGAGCUUUAAAAGCAGCAAGAGUACUCUUCCUCGCCCCUUGCCAAUGAAUACCGUUGCGCUACUUAAGGCAGCUUCAACGGUGCUCGGUCUCUCUCCUAACUCUGCAAUGGCGUUGGCAGAGCGCCUAUAUAUUGCUGGAUACAUUUCUUAUCCAAGAACUGAGUCCACCACAUAUCCCAGUGGUUACAAUCUGCGAGAAAUUGUACUUGCGCUUAAAGAAUCUUCGUCUACUAGAAUUUCACAGUGUGCCCAAAACCUCCUGCCAUCCUCCAAGAAAUCAUCUGAUGAAAGUGUGAGAUACACUAAUCCGCGGAGGGGGACAGACCAAGGCGACCAUCCUCCCAUUAUGCCCACUGGGCUAAUCCCUCACGAUGUCAGUAGCAACGAGUUGAGUCUCUACAAUCUGAUAACUAAGCACUUCCUGGCAACAGUUUCUCCUGACGCAGUUUAUAGCCAUAGCUCGCUAACUCUUCAAUCCGUUGACAUGCCCUCCGAAACGUUUCUACUCUCUAUUACGGACGUCGUAGACCAGGGUUGGAAGGCUCUAUACAGUGCUACGGAGUUCAGUAGCAUGCGGGACAACGAUCUGAGCGAUGACCUUGCCGACGAGAGCAUUUCGCUCAGCAAGGAAACGCUGCAAGCAAUCUCUGCAACUGGUGCAACGCUGACUAUAGCCUCGGCUGCCAUCAAAGCAGGGAUGACGAAGCCACCAGGAUAUCUCUCUGAAUCAGACUUACUUGGCCUGAUGGAAAAGCAUGGAAUUGGGACCGACGCGAGCAUGGCCACCCACAUAGGAAAUAUAGUGACUAGGGCGUAUGUCGAGCUCCGCGUUACGGGACGACGGCGCUGCCUGGUGCCGACGUCGAUGGGGAUCAGCCUCAUCCACGGCUACCAGCUUAUUGACGGGGACCUGUCCUCCCCCCAGCUGCGGGCAAGCAUUGAAAGGGAUGUCACGAGGAUUGCUGAAGGAAAGAUUAGGAAGGACGUCCUUGUUAAUCAAGUUCUUUCGAAGUUUCUAACCAAGUUCCUACAUUUUAAGCAGAACAUUGGUAAGCUAGAAGCACUUCUAAACGCGAAGUUUACCUCUAUUAAGAAGGCCGGCCGGCCAUUUAUUCUUUGUGGAGAGUGCCAUCGCUAUACCGAUCUCAUAGAACAGUACCCGCCACGUGUGUACUGUGUAACGUGUGAUAAGCUUUACACAAUUCCCAUGCGUGGAACGUUCAUAGAGAUACCCAGUCGCAAAUGCCCUUACGACGGCUGGCCUCUGAUUCUACACAUGGCAGAGGCCACACAAAAGCGAACCUUCUUUUGUCUCCACUGCUACACAUUUGGAUUGAAUAAAGAAGAAGCACUUACGCAACUGCAAACCGUGGCAGCAGAUGGCAGUACUGAUAUCGAACAGACAAAGGCCAUAACUUGUGGGAUGUGCCUAAACAGUCUGUGCCAGAUGAGCCUUCUUAAAACCCAAGUGGGAGCCUGCUGGCACUGCAACGCAGAUGGUCGGCCCAUGCUAAGUGUGAACAGAGAUGGCCCUGAUUCCAGUCCAGGGGCAACAAACGAUACUCUAGCCGUUGCACGUUCCCCAGAAGCGCAAGAGCAGACACCAGAGAAGAGCGCAGAGUUAGCAUCCGCCCCAGUACAGCCUAAGAAGAUAUCAAUCACUAUAAAGCCUCAAGCGAAGAUCAGUCUUAACAUUCCACAAGCAAAUAAGUCAUCGGGAAGUGCAUCAGCUGUGCCUAGUCCAAACAAGGCUAGUAGCUUAGCCGAACUAGUUGGCGGGUACUUGUGCUUAGAUGUGGGGACAGCCCGAAGGCUCCCAGGGAUUUACUGCAACCGCUGUAACUUCCAAAUUGCGUUUCAAGAGUGCAAGCUGAGCCUUUCGUCGGAUUUUUGUGCGUGUGGUCGUAUAAAGCUCAGGGCCACAGACCUUUUGGAUAAAAAGUCUGCAAGCAGCGAGGUGUUUGGGUGUGUGCACUGUAAUGAUGAAUUGUUCCAGACAGUAUCUGAGUACAAAGAUGGCUCAGGUCGUCAUCCCCGUCGCGCAGCUCAGCCGAAGAGGCACGGACCAAGGGGUCGCAAACACAGAUAG